GCCCCCAAGAUGCCUUACAGUACCUUACUCAUACUUGCCCAUACCUCGCCGCUAACCACAUACUCAUAAGCAGAAACGAAAAAACAAAAAAGUUUCAACUAAUAACUAAUACGUAUGUGAUCGCAUACCAUAUCCGACGAUUAUGCAUUUAUAGUGUCCUACCAAGCUUGAUCAGCGUCCUCCUCAGCCACGUCGCGCCGCUUGACGCCCUCCCCCGCCAAUCCCAGUCGCAAACCCUUCCGAUUACCAUCUACCGACCAAGAAUAUGGACCAAGCAGACAUACCGGCCUUGCUAUCGCGGCUGGCGAGCGAUGAAGAUGCCGCGCGAAAAAUGGCUGUUUUCAAGCUACAGUCCUCUAUAAACGAUCCAUCCUUCGCCGAUGUCUUUAUCUCCUCCGGUGGCUUGAUCGUCCUACGGCGUUUAAUCAUGAGCGCUGGCGGCAACACGCUCGCUUACUCACUACAAAGUCUAAGUCGAUUACUGGAGGUGGAUAUGGGCUGGGAUAUCUUCGAGGGUCCAACGGCCCCAGACCUUGUCGAGCACGUUGUCGAACUCGUUGUCACGAAUCCGCUGGUUAAUAUCCUUCGAGGUGCUAUGUCCAUUCUCGUUGCACUAGUCAGCCAUUCGCAGUCCACAUCUUCGGGAGGUCGCGCACCUGUAACGUUCGGAUUUCGCGCAUUGAAGCCGGCCGUUGCUGUCUACCCGCAAUUUUUCGAACUCGUCAUCCAGCAACUCCAGUCAGCAGACCACGCCCUGUGCGCUAACGCCCUCAUGCUCAUAAACGCACUGAUAAGGGAUGCUAUAUCGAGUGAGACUAACAGCGAAAACGGAAAAUCAACCGGAUCUGGGGAAGAGUGGCCUAAAUUUAUCCGAAGAUUACAAGACCUGGGGUUGAUUAAGGCGGUGUACAAUCUGAUGCAAAGUUCGGCUUUACAAGACCUUGCACACCCCCUGCUGGAGUUUCAGUCUCUUACUAAGGUACUGCUUCAGAGGUGGCGGCAAGUUCAGGUUGAUGUUGAGAGACCGGAGCACAGGAGGGCUUUAAAAGGACUUCACCUUGCAAGUGCGCCAAAUAGAGAUCACGUCAAUGGGAUUGGGAAAAUCGAGGAGCUGCAGCAGGAUGCUGCCGGCAAGAGGACUAGUCGACGGCAUAAUCCUGAAAAAUGGAGGAGACUAGGCUUUGAGACUGAGAGUCCAGCAACGGAGUUUGGGGCCGCAGGAUUUCUUGGUCUCAUGGAUCUCGCUGAUUUCGUGCGGAAGAAUGAAGACGGGUUCCAAAAAAUACUCCUCGAGCAGUCUACCAAACCACUCCACGAACGCUGUCCUGUUGCUAGAUCUAGUUUAGCGGUCACCCUGAUCUUAUACGAGCAUUUUGACUGCGAUAAAUCGGAGAUGGAAGACCUGAGGGGGUACCAGCUGUCGGAAGCGAAGCAUCAAGACAAAUUAUUUCGCCCGUUGCUCCUCCAGUGGUCUCGACUACAUACAGGUGGCCUUAACGCGUUUUUUAAGAUUUGGAAGUCUACCGGGGCGGAACAGGAUGACUUCGAAAAGGUGUCGGAACUUGUCCGUAUACUUGUCGACCAGGUUGUAGGACAGGCCAGUCGAUCCAAAGACAUAGCGGAGGCCGAGGAGGACCUAGUUGAAUACGAAUUUGGACGACUUCGUGAGCUACAGAUGGAGCUCCUCGAGCUUUCGUUUGAAGACCAAUGGGGCCAACAUCUCUAUAAGGUGCGAGAGAGUCUGAACCAAGAAGCUCUCACAUUCAUCAAGGAACAACGUGUCAGGUGCUUAUUGGAAGGCUCCUGGUUUGCGAAGCCAGCGCCGCGAAAGAAUAGUGAAAGUAACAACUUGGCCGCUCGCCGUGCAGCGAACGGCACUCUUUGGAGAUAUGCAAAGCUAUCGCAUAACCGCCGUUUUCUGCACUACGCAGAUUUUGCGAUGCGAACCACCCAUGAUCCUAGCCUGGAAUCUCUUAGCGAGAAAGUGGACCUGCGAGAAGUCAGCUCUGUUGCGUCGAAUGUCUCUGCACCGGCUAAUGAGGCGACGACCGAUGCGAACAACAGCACGAAGAUUACGAUAUAUGGUUAUGCCGAUCCCGAGGAAGCCCAAAAAGCCAAGGACCUUGAUAACAUCAAGGAAGUACCUUUGCUCACCCUACAUCCGUUGAACCAUAGUUUGGCAUCGGAAUGGUUGGACGGCUUCUUGAUGCUUCUUGGCCAAGCGCCUAUAACAGCGGACACCCAGAAGUUGAUCAAGCUGGUUAGGGACUAUGGCAUGAAGAUUCGGCUUCUCAACGUCCGAAUGGAGGCUACUUAUGCGGGGCCGCCAGAAGGUGCUGGUGCGGUGCCCAGCAGAGAGGAGCUUAAUGAUGAUUAUUGGUACGAGAUUUAAGACUGACCUUUAUAGCAAGAAUGCGUGAAAAAAGGGCGACAAUCAAAGUAUUUAAUACGAUUGAUGGUGGGUCGAGUAGCGAGAGGCGAAUCAACAACUUCUCAUGUAAAUCUACAGUGUAGGAGACAUGGACACGGCAUUGUUACGAUUAGGUAUCUCCAAGCCAAUGGGAGCUCGGAGAAUGGCUCAAGGGGAGAGGCUAUGGCGUAUCGUACUGUCUGAGGAUACCUACCACAUUUUGUUUUCGCAUACGCAUACGCAUACAAGAUAUACCCAUGGCUGUGUUUUAGACUCAAGACUCGCUAUUUUAACGAAACGAAAGAAAUUAUAUGAUUGAUUGACGUACUUAUCUGCCUAUCUAUGUACUAUUUUGUGUUUUGUUUUUCUCCCUUGAUUAUUCGCAGUGCACUUUAUGUUCAUGUUCAUGUUCAUGUUCAUGUUCAUGUAUAUAU